AUGAGUCGUUUCGAAGAUGCAGCUAUCCUCUCUCAUUAUCAAUUUUCACGCUCAGCAGCAUCAACAUCUCGACCGCAAUCAAGUAUACCAGCGAAAGAUGCGGUCACUGACAUGUUCAAUAUUGGUAUGGAUAACCGUCAAGAAUUAAACCGAUCGGAAUCGUUACCAUUUUCAAUAAGGCGAGUUGUUCGACAUCAAGUACGUGUUCCGACGGCAUCGUUAGUUAUCUCUUCAACAAUAGGCAAUCCGCGGAGUUCUACUCCUGAACACAUUUUUACACCUGAACGACCAUUAUCAGCUGCAAGAACUUUUCGUCUAUCUCGUUCAAUGCCUGUUCGAUUGAAAUCUACGCCAAUAAUUAUUCCACCUCGAGUAACGACUGAUAAAAAUCCCUAUCAAGAUUUUCCGAAACAAAAUCAUGAAAAACGUAAACUAGUACACGACAGAAAACGAAGAAAACAGGAACGACAAUUCUUCUCUGAUAAAUCUUCGGAAACAGAAACAUGGAAUCGACUACGACGGUCGUUAGUCGAAUUGAAGCGUCUAGCAACCACACAGGAUGUGCUGAUUGAUCCAACCACAUCGCUUUUUCACUGCGAUGGACAUACAUGCACAGAAGCGAAACCAAUAAACAAAGAACAGCAGCAGGAAGAGAAGAGAGCAGCUGCAUUCAAAUCAGAAUCAGCGACGGCGUCGUUGUUUUCUUCCGGAUACUCACGUGAAUUAACUCGAAGAAGUUUAACUGCAUCUCAAGGCUCAUUUUUCCGUCCUGCAUCUGCCAAGCGACCCACUGAAACUUAUCCUCGUCCAAGUCUCGAGCUCUUGCUGGUCGGUUCCAAGCCAAUACAUUCAGUAACGGAUAAAGGCGCUCCAUUGAUAAAACCCAGAGAAAGACCGCCUGCAACCGCGCCACCUCGUUCUCGUUUAUAUUACACCACUGCGCUUCCAUCGGAAGACAAACAUCCCGAACUCAUAGUAACAGAUCAUUCGGAUGACGCUAUUCGAUCUUUACCAUCAACACCCACGCCUCCGUUACCAGUAGUUCAAAUAGAGUCAGAAUUGCCUUCUCCCCCACCGCCACAGCCACCUCUUCCUCCUCGUAAAAUAGUAACGCCAACACCAACUCGUACACGACCUCCGUCAAGUAUUCCGGUAUCUUCGACAAUCAAAUUAAAAUCUCAUGUUACACGUUGCCGUAGUGCCACAGAUGUCAAAGCUACUUUUUCGAUCAGCAAAAAUUACCCACGGUUCAUCGUCAUCGCCGACGAAGAUCAUCGUAUUGAAAGUUGGUAUCAUCAAUAUCCAUUUGUACUCGGUGAUGAUCUUCUCUGUGCCUUCGAAUCAAAACCGUCUCCGCAGAAAUCGACGAUAUCUGCUUAUUUUAUCGAUGAUGCUCAAACUGCCAAUCCAAACAUUACCGCCAAAACGUUUCUACAAGGCAAACCCUUUCAUAUCAACAAUGAUUGGAAACGAUACGAUUUGAUUUUCAUAUCAAAUAACAUUUCCGAGAAGAUGAUGAACUAUUUGAAAAUAAUCGUGAACUCAAUGAAAUCAUCGGGGAAAAUCAUCAAGAUUUGUCAAGUCAAUCAUAACGAUGAUUUAAAGAAACAAGUCAGAAAUAUAUGCAAACAAGCUCAACAGGAAAACUUUUAA